AUGACCAAGCCCCUCUCCGGCAAACUUGCCACUGUCACCGGCGGUUCCAAAGGUAUCAGCACCGCCAUCGCAAGAAAUCUGGCCUCGAAAGGAGCCAACAUCCUCCCCAAGUCCUCGACGCCGCUGGCAACCUCGCUCUGCCUCUCCCUCACCAAGAAAUACACCAAAUCCGCUGCCACGCCCGGCGACGCACAACCCCUGCGCAUCAACAUCCCGAUCAACAACGCCGGCAUCGGCGGCAACUACGUGCUCGGGUGA